AUGGCCUGUAGAAAUGUUGUAUUGGAGGCAGUGAAUCAAAAUGGACAACUUUAUAUUGAUCAUGCGAGAGGUUCCUUUCCUUCAUGGUUGUUAGAUAAGGAAAUAUUAAAGAGGGCCCUCUCAAUGUCUGGAGCAAUGAUUCACUAUGGAGAUCCGAGUAUUGCCUAUGAUGAAGAUGUGAUUGAGGUUGCAAUGGAAAAAACUGGAUUUACUUUGCAUAAUCUUCCCUCAAAGUAUUUGGAAAAUAAGGAAUUUAUAUUGAGAGUUUUAAAAGUCAAUCCAUUCAAUAUUUACUUUAUUGGAAAUGAGUUGGAAUAUGAUGAGGAUGUUAUUACUGCUGCUGCAAAGGGAGAUAUUAAUUAUUUAGAUGAAUCGAAACUGGUGGAUAAGAAACUGGCCAGAUUAUUCAUCAGUUGGAAUGGACUCAAUUUGAAAGUAUUUUCAAAAUUUCAGAAUGAUUUAGACAUUGUUCAAAUUGCUGUUACACAAAAUGGAUUGGCUCUGAAUUUUUGCUCUAGAGAUGUACCUUACUCUAUUGUUAAAAUUGCAGUGAAGCAAAAUGGGCUUGCACUGGAGUUUGCGAAUGAAGUAAUGAGAGAUCAAAGUGAAAUUGUGCUAUUGGCUGUAAAGCAGAAUGGUUUGGCUCUUCAAUAUGCAUCUAUACGAUUGAGGUCUGAUAAGAAUAUUGUAAAACAAGCAUUAUCUCAAAAUCCCCUAGCUAUUGAACAUGUAAUUAAUGUUUGUUGGGAAAUCAAGUUAUUACAAGAACAAUUAAUUUCUUCAAUGACCGAAGAUUUAAUAUUGGAAACUAUUGUCAAAUCAGAGUAUAUCAAACAUUUACCAAAUCAUCUGCUGAACGAUAUCGAGUUUGCUGAAAAAGCACUCAAAGUGAACCCGAAAGUCUAUCACUUUCUUUCACAUCAUUUAAAGACAAAUAAGAAUCUAAUAAUCAAGACUUUAUCAGAAGAUAUUACCAUUGAUAUACUUCCCUCAAUGUUGGAGGAUGAAGAAUUCCUUCUUGAAUGUCUCAAACAUUCAAAAACAUUCGGUAGUCAACACAAACUCACAAACAGUCAACUAUCUGAUAGAGACUAUAUAAAAAGGGCACUAGUAGCAAAUCCUAGUCUAAUACGAAACAAUAACGAUAUUAGACAUUUGUACAUUACGGAUGAGUCAAUGCUUUUGUUCACACUAAAACAGCGUUCUGGUAUGGCAGCAGAGUUUGUAAAUUAUAUUUCAAAAAGCAAAGAUAUAGCAAUUGAAUUAGCACGACAUGCAGGGCUAUUUUGUGAGAUUGGUCACCCAGCUAUUCCCUAUGAAGAAGCUCUCAAAGAAAGACUAUCUUUCGAAUAUGAUAACGUGUUCUUGACAAGAAAUAAUAUUGAGAGUGGUGGUUAA